AUGGCCAGCUUCGAACUUGCAAGAGAUUCCGAAUUUUAUUCGGUGACAAUAACAUCAACCAUCUUGCAAACAUUAAAUCUGUUAGGCGCUGCCUAUGUAUUUUAUAGAUCGUUUCUACACUGGCGAGCAAAAGAGUAUGGGUCGCUGGCAAUGACACAUCGAUUGCCAUUAUAUGCCGCGUCAACAGAUUUUUUUAAUGCGGGGUUGAAUAUUAUUAACGCUGGAUACACAUUAUGCAAUGCUAAAACACUGCCGGAAGUACCGUGUGCAGCCACUGGAUGGAUGACGGCAAUUCUUAGUUUUAUUAAUCAAUUCUUGUUCCUUGGGAUCUCUCUAGUAACUUAUUUAAGAAUAUGUCAACAUAAAACCAUAGAUCUUGGUCGAUUUGACUAUAAACUUAUUUCAUUCAGCCUUUUCAUAGCCGGAUUUAUAAUAGUGAUUGUUUCCCGAGAUGGAUACGGUGCACAAAAAUAUUGGUGUGCACAGAAAGCCCACGCAAAAAUAUCGUUAAUCAUACCGUUGGUUGAGAUUAGUUUGGUCGCAUUGAUUUCGUUAUUUUGUUAUGUGGAAACUUUGCGAACACUUCUACGCAAUCGUAAAGAAUUGAAUAGAGGCACAUCCUCUAAUGCUCAACGUCAGAGAUAUGCCCAAAUUGAGGAAAGAGUUACAAGGAAGAUUAUCACUUAUGUUCUUUUUUUUAAUCUACAAUGGCUCCCUAUUGUUGUGUAUGCAGGCGCUGCUUUACUCCAGCCAAUGGGAAUAGAUACAUGGGUUUAUCUUGUAGGAGUCAUUGGUUUGAGUUUCGGUGGAAUCGGAAAUGCAAUAGCAUAUGUACUGAAUGAAGGCUGGGAUCCAAAUCGUCAAGGCUCAACAUCCAGAUCGCAAAAAUUCACACCCCCUACAAAUAAUAGUCCGCAAACCACAUGUAAUGAAUUAUUAGCGAUUAAAGUUGAUGUUGAUGUUGAUGUUUUAGCUGUUAAGGGAAUUAAAGAUAGCUUUUAA